AUGGCUGACGACUGGAAUCUCAACGCCCAAAAUCUCGACGCCCAAAAUCUCGACCUCCAAGAUCUCUAUGCCCAACUCGCUUCACUCCCACCUGACCUCGCGGUGCUUUUAGUCAGGGCAAUUUGCCUCCGGCUCAGGGUGACUCAAGUCCGGCUCAGGGAAGCAAACCUCCGGCUCGGGAUGGCUCGCGCACGGCUCAAUUUGGCUCGCCAACGGCUCAGGAUGGUCCGCGUCCGCCGCAUGGUGCUUUGCGUCCGGCUCUCGCGUAUGGCUCAACGUGAAAUUGGGGUCCCCUCAGCUCGCUGA